AUGGUUCAAGACAAAAUGAACGCCGUCGUGCUCGAGGGUCCAUACCGAAUCACCGUUACCAAGCGCUCGAUACCCGAAAUAUCCAAUCCCAAAGAUGCCAUUGUACGCGUGUUGGCAGCAGGGAUUUGCGGAAGCGAGCUACACCCGUAUAGAGGUGAGCAACAGACGACAUAUGGACAUACUAUGCAUGGUCAUACCAACCGCUGUGAAAAUAGCCUCGCCCUUGGCACGCGGCAGUUUGACGGAGGCCAGGCCGAGUUCGCACUCGUUCCUAAUGCGGAUGGGACCUUGUUGCAUGCCCCCGAGGGGAUGAGCGAUGAGUUGCUCAUCGUGAUGUCGGACAUUUUCCCGACCGGCUAUUACGGCGCCAUCCGCGCCGUGGAGCACAUUCAGCGAGACCCAACGGGCUCAAUGAAGGCAGCAGCCUGCUCCGAAGCACAGAUGUUCAAGACCCAGGAGUUGAAGGACUGCGUCUUUGUAGUAAUUGGCUGCGGCAUCGUCGGGCUGUGCGCGGUCCUUAGCCUGCGACACGCGGGAGUUGGCACCGUUUUCUGCGUCGAUUCAGUCGAUGAUAGGCUUUCUCAAGCGCAGGCGAUGGGAGGAACGCCACUAAAACUCGGCAGAGACGAUAUCCGGGCCGCGAUCUUUGAAGCUACCCAGGGGAGGGGGCAGAUGCAGUCGUGGAGAGCGUUGGCAACACAGCCGCCCUCCGAAGCGCCUUUGAUCUGCUACGGCCGUGUGGGGGUUGGCGAGUGUCGGAUUUCACCAAGCUGA